CUUCUCUAGGUCACACACCCUGCGCUGGACGGCAAUGGAUGGACACACCUCCUUGUGCUAGGACACCUUGUUACCUGGCUUUUGAAAUGCAAGGAUGUUAUUAUUACUCACACCUUUGGAUAACGAUGAUACGCGAUAAAAUUGCAAGAGAUUAAAAUAUAUUUAUUGGAAAUGUAUAUAAGCAUAUCCGUAGGCAGCUUCAUAUCGCUGAUAGUUGGCGUCCUGAUUGCAAUAUAUCUGUACAGGCUGCUGGAGAAGGAUGUUUCCCAAAAAGUGAGCAGAAAGCCACAGAAUCCGGAGUAUCCGCUGCCGCCCUCCCACUCACCACUGCAUGAGUUUCCGCGCGCUGGCGUCUGCACCGACAACGAUGUCUGCGGUCUUAUGGCCAGGAAGGCCCUGGAGGAUGGUGGUAGCGUUGUGGAUGCCGCAUUGUCGGCUCUGCUGUGCAACGGUCUCAUCGGCAUGCAGAGCAUGGGCCUUGGCGGUGGCAUGUUGAUGAAAAUUUAUAUACACGAAGAGCGAAAAUCGUACAGCAUUUGUGCCCGCGAAAUAUCACCCAUGUCCCUGCGUGCCGAGAACUUUUCCAUCUUCCGGGACGAGCAGGAGUUUAAGCAGUCCAGCUGGUCGAUUGCGGUGCCCACCGAACUGGCUGGCUAUGCCCUGGCCCAUCAGCGAUUUGGCCGACUGCCCUGGGCGGAGCUGGUGAAGCCAACGCUGGGGCUGUGCCACACCGGCUAUCGCCUGUACAAGCAUCAAUACGAUGCCCUUGCCCUCAACCGGGACAUGAUCAAGGGCGAUCAGCUGCUGCGGAAAAUGUUCAUCGAUCCCAAGAGCGAUGACUUUUGGCCCAUUGGCCAUUACAUUCAGCCGCCUGGCCAACUGUGCGACACCUAUGAGCGGCUGGCCAUGGAUGGACCGUACAGCUUCUACAACGGAUCCCUUGCCGAGGAUCUGCUGGCCGACCUGAGUGACAUGGGCAGUGCUAUAAGCAAGGAGGACCUUAACCGCGCCGAUGCCAAGAUCAGCGAGGCCCUGGUGUUGCCCCUGGACGAAUACGAUUUGCAUUUGACGCCCUUGCCAGGCAGUGGCCAUGUCCUGGGCCUUAUAAUGAGCAUUUUGCGACACUUUCGCCGGGACUUUGCACGCACCAACGACAUGGGACCCCUGGAGGUGCAUCGUAUGAUUGAGGCCAUGAAAUUUGGCUUUGUCAAGCGCUGGCAACUGGACGAGGCGGCCGAUGAGCAGGUGAGUGAGCAGCUACUGCGAACCAUGACCAGCUCCAAGUUGUCCGCGACCAUGGCCGAGGAAAUCGAUGACUCGAUGACGUUCAAUAGCCCCCGGUCGUAUGGGGCGCCGGCGGAGAUACGUGUGCGAGAGGAGCACGGUACGGCCCACACAUCGGUGCUGCAUGACAACGAUGCCGUUUCGGUUACCAGCACCAUCAACUUUUAUUUUGGCAGCGGACGCACAGGAAAGCGUACAGGUGUGCUCUUCAACAAUGCCAUGUCUGAUUUCUCCAUCAAGCAGCUGAGGAACUACUUUGACCUACCCUUCGUGCCGGGCAAGAACAGGGUGACGCCCUCCGCCCGGCCCAUGUCCUCCAUGAGCCCGCUCAUUGUCACGGAGCGGUCGACGGGCCAGGUGCGGCUGGUUGUGGGUGCCGCCGGUGGCACCAAAAUCAUCUCCUCUCUCGUCCCGCUGCUUGUGCGGAUACUUUGGCAGCAGGCGAACAUUAAAUAUGCCAUUGAUGCCAGUCGCAUCCACCAUCAGAUGCUGCCCAAUGUGCUGCUGUACGAGUACGGUCUGCUGGAUGGCUAUGUGAAGAGCCUGGAGACCAGGGGGCAUGUGUGCGAACGCUAUCUGAAUCGCGGCUCUGUGAUAUGCGGCAUAACCCAAAAGAAUGGUACCAUUCUGGUUAAUUCUGACUAUCGUAAGCCUGGUGGAGUCACUGGAUUCUAACUUUGGGGUGUUCCGCCGCGUUCCUACAUUCGACACUACAUGGAACAUGCAGAGAUAGCACGGAGUCGUAGUGAAGUGUACCAUGGCACAUCUACACCACAAUACAUGCUACAUAGAACACGUAAGUGUACCUGUAAAAUACACAUAGAACUACCCGCUCAUGCAGCGGCUA